AAAUAGUCUCUCCUCAUGGUCGUCCCCCAGCUGCUGCUGCCCCUUCUGGGGCUCCUGCUGCUGGCACUCUGGGGGCUGCUCCUGGCCCACGCCCCCUCCCCGGACCCCCACUGGCCCCCAGGGCCGCGCCCCCUGCCGUUCAUUGGGAACCUGCACCAGCUCCGGGUAGCCCAGCAGGACCGGUCACUCCUGGAGCUCUCGAGGCGCUAUGGCCCGGUGUUCACCGUGCAACUGGGACAGCAGAAGAUGGUGGUGCUGGCUGGCUACCACGCUGUGAAGCAGGCCCUGGUGGGCAGCGGGUGGGCACUGGCCGACAGGCCACCCAUCCCCAUCUUCCAGAGUAUCCAGGGGGGCAGGGGCAUCUUUUUCUCCUCUGGGCCGGGCUGGGUGGCUGCCCGCCAGCUGACUGUGAGGACCCUGCACCGCCUGGGCUAUGGCCGCACCCCUGGGGCCCUCAAAGUCCUGCAGGAGCUGCGCUGCCUCCAGGAUCAGUUGGAUAGCUACAGGGGACACCCCUUCCCCCUGAGUGUGCUGGGCUGGGCCCCCUGCAAUGUCACCUUUACCCUCCUCUUCGGCCGGCGAUUUGACUACGGGGACCCGGUGUUUGUGUCCCUGCUGGGCCUCAUCGAAGAGGUCAUGGUCCUGCUGGGGAGCCCCUGUGUGCAGCUGUUCAACCUCUUCCCAUGGCUGGGCACCCUGUUGGGGCUACACCGGCCAGUCCUGCGCAGGGUGGAGGAGAUUCGAGCCAUCCUCAGGGAUCUGCUGCCCACCAGGCCACCCUCCAGUCCCCCCUGCAGCUACCUGGAUGCCCUGACCCAGGAGGCCCAGCUGCACCCAAGCUCCUCAGAGGGCCAGCUGUCCGAGGAGGAUGUGGUAGCCUGCGCACUGGACCUGCUCAUGGCGGGCACGGAGACUACAGCAAGCACGUUGCAGUGGGCAGCACUGCUCAUGGCACAACACCUGGAAGUGCAGGGCCACGUGCAGGAGGAGCUGGACCGUGUGUUGGGUCCCGGGCGGCCCCCCAGGCCAGAGGACGAGCAGUCACUGCCCUAUACCAGCGCUGUGCUGCACGAGGUCCAGCGCGCCAUCACCCUGCUGCCCCACAUGCCCCGCUGCACCACCGCACCCACCCUGCUGGGCGGCUACUUGCUGCCCAAGGGCACGCCGGUGAUCCCCCUGCUGAGCUCGGUGCUACUGGACAGGACGCAGUGGGCCACCCCUGACCAGUUCAACCCCGGACACUUCCUGGAUGCCCAGGGCUGCUUCCUUAAGCGCGAAGCCUUCCUGCCCUUCUCUGCAGGCCGCCGUGCGUGUGUAGGGGAGCGCCUGGCCCGCACCGAGCUCUUCCUGCUGUUCUCAGGACUGCUACAGGGGUUCCAGCUGAGCCCCCCGCCUGGCCUGGGCCCCGAGAGCCUGGACACCACACCCGCCCCCGCCUUCACCAUGCGGCCGCCUGCACAGGCCCUAUGUGCCCUGCCCAGGACCCAGCGCUGAGCUGGGGCAAUGGCAGGAUCCACCUUCCCUGCUCCCCCCCAACCCCUUCCCUGUCCACUCCGAAGGGCAGCCGGGAAUCCCCCCAACACAGAGAGUGCCUUGCCCUUCCUCAAGCCCCUCCCCCCACCCCAGGGGCCAGGCCUCAGGCUGCACCCUCAGCCCCCUCUCCUUAUACUUUGGCCCCCCAAAACCUCAGGGCCCCAGUGGUCACAACAGCCCCCCCCACCCCCCGCCAAGCUCUUGGCCUCUGGUUGGUUUAGGGCCUGUGGUUUUGUAGCUUGACUUUUGCAUUUUGAUAAAUAUGGACAUAAAACUCG